UCAAAAGUUAAAAAACAAAAUAAUUGUUAAAAACAAACUGACGGAAAUCAUAAACGAUUUGAUGGUUUAAUCAUUCUCAGGAAUAUCAAGAGAGCAAUAAAAACUGGGAGGUGCCUUUGUCAAACUUCAUAAGUGGAUGGAGUAUCCGCUCUGCCAGACUGCACUGCUCAACACUCUUCAUGUUACAGGCUGUUUAUCCUGGGAAGCUGGAUUCAGGAAUCCCCGCUGUGGUACCAAAGUUGUUAUGGAGGAAACUUAUACUAGCUACAUCUGGAAAUCACCCGCAAUGGAGAGCUGGUGGAACACACCUAUGCAUGCAACAUCACGCGCACUCAAAGCUUUGCUGCUUGGUCCCAGGAGGACAGGGAAGAGCUCCACGGGUAACACCCUGUUGGGUCGAGGGCGGGUUUUUGACACGAGAGGAGGAGGGGCCAGUGCAGCAGCUGGUGCUGUCACUGCUGGACGCCAUUUGACCGUGGUGGAUGCACAGGGCUGGGGAACAUCUGAGGACUUUGUUCCCAAAGAGGAGAAAAUUGAACUCCUGAGAGCAUUAUCGCUGUGUGGAACUGAGGGGCCUCAUGUGGUUCUGUUAGUGAUUCCUCUUAUGGACUUUACCGAGUCUGAGAGGAAAGCAGUAGAGAGAAGGAUGGAAAUCUUCACCUCUGCUGUCUGGAGACACACGAUGGUGUUGUUCACUUUUGGAGACUUGCUAAAAGAAAAAGGCUGCAGUGUACAGGAGCACAUCCAAACAGGUGGCCCUGCUCUGAAGUGGCUGAUGGAGAAAUGUCACUAUCGAUACCAUGUGCUGGAUAACAAGGCAGCUGUUAAUUGCACGCAGGGGGGACUAAAGCAGGAGGUGAACAGAAGUGGAAGGAGACAGGAAUGGACUUGGCUGAAGAAAACUGACAAAGAAGCACGAGGGGUGAGCACCGGAGGCGAGCUGGAUAGGAGACGAGAAGGAGAGCAGCAGCAAGUGAGAGAGCUGCUGAGCAAAGUGGAGGAUAUGCUGGAGGAGAACGGAGGGUGGCACUUCUCCUUUCACAUGUACCAAAGGCUGGAGGAGGAAUGGAAACGCAGAGAGCAGCAGCUGAGAGCUUUGCUCGAGGCACAGACAGAAGUGGGAAGUGCGAGGAGAAAACAAAAGACGGCAGAGACAAAGGCAGAAGUGGAGCCAGAACAACAGCCGAGUUUGGAGGCUGAAGAGCAGGAACAAAGCCGAAAGAAAGAGCUAGAGAACAAGGAGGGAUGUGUGCAGAGGGAGAUAAACACAGGGGAAGAGAGAGAAGAGGGAGUCGAGGUGGAGCUGAUGAGACUGAGCAGUGAGGAGGAGAGGUGGGAUACGAGCUCGGAGAGCGGGAGGGAGAGAGAAGAAGAGGAGGAGAGAGAAAAGAUGAGGGGGCAGCUGGAUGAGGAGAACACUGAGGUAAAGACUGGAACAGUGACUUCAUGUUGGCCCAGUGGGGGUCCAAGGUUAGUUUUAAAGCCAAUCAGGAGGCUGGCCUAAGGCAGUAAUAACCACCAACUCCAACAACAACAUCUGGUCAUUUACUCUCGUGUGCUGUAACAAAAACUCUUGUCAUGUGAUCACCCAUGAGAAAAUAAACAAGAGAACAAAUCCGGAUCUUCACAGACCUACACGCAGCCACAGGCCGUUUACAAAGACUGCCUUCACAAAGCUGAGCCAACUGGCUUCACAUUUAUAUUUAGUAUAGACAUGAGAGUGGGAAGGAAGUGUAUGUCCCAAAAAAAUGUCAAACUACUCACCGAGUGUAUUUAAAGGACUAAAAUGGUAUCAAGUCAUUAAAUAAAUACUGUUGUUUUGUUUUUUUUCCCAUUUGCAUUGCGUGUCAGUCAUUGGUUCCAUUGGUUAUAACUGCACAUAUACCAGUCUGCUUCUAAAAUCAUCAGGAAUGUGAGACACUGUGUGAUUUCAGUCCUCACUUUUCUAAUUAUGCACAUCUCCAAACUGUUGCAACAGUUCCUAAUUUUAAAAAUAUUUGCAGCACUCUUGCACUCGAGUAAUUAAAAUCCAAUUUCCCUUCUUGGGGUAAACAGACACAAAUAAAGAAACUCUGCUAUCUGGAGAAAAAGUUAGCGGAUGAACUCUGAUAAAGGAGGAUGCUUUCUUAACACCGCUCUCAUUAUUUUCCCCUCUUAUAUUUUUAGAUUUUCAAUUUGUAAAUAAAAUUGAGGCACUGUCACUCCAUUGGAGGUUUUCAGCCUAAGCCGAGGGACGUGUGCUGUGCCACCCAUUUCAUUAAAUCUCAGCAAACUGUCAACUGG